AAUUCCGAUGGGCGGAGUAAAACCUCUCGCUUUGCCUCUUCUUCUCCGCUGAUCGGACAACCAGCGAUUAUUCCAAGUUUAGGAGCAUUAGGAAUUGAUUUACUAUCAAAGGGCAGUUGUUAUCGAACAUUUUAAUUAAUUAAAAGGGGGAAAAAAAAAGAGAGCAGCGUUGCCAUGGCGAAGAGGAUUGCCGACAAAGAGCUGACUGACCGGAACUGGGAUCAGGAGGAUGAGGGAGAGGAGUGUUCUGAUGGUGUUCAUCAGGCAGGGACAUUUUCCAUCGCUAGUGAUGAUGUGAUGAAGAGCAGGCCCAUCAAGAAGGCCAAGCGUCGUGCUGCUGGUUCAGAGGGGCAGAGUGGAGGAGCAGUCAAAGUGUUUAAAGGGUUCUCCCUGGCCCCUACAUCGGGAACCGGGCCAGCCGCUGAGGGGAUCACAGCCUUCUCCGGGUUCGGGAAUGGGGUAGGGUUUAAACCCCUGUCUGGGCUGUCCAAUGGGAACAGUGGCAAACCUGUCACUCCAGCCCUCACCGGGUUCACCUCGCCUACUGCCACCAAGACCACCACACCAGGUUCAUUAACAUUCAGCGGCCCCUCCUCCAGUGCUGUCAUCACAGGGCAGCAGUCUAAUGGGUCCUCCCCCGCGGUUUCCAGUCGGUCUCUCAGCUCCUCUCUCUCCUCUAACAGCGGUAACAACCAGGAAUACAGUAGGCAGCUCACAGCUCUCAACUGCUCUGUCAGGGACUGGAUCACCAAGCACGUCAACGGAAACCCUCUCUGUGACCUAAACCCCAUCUUCAGGGACUAUGAAAAGCACCUGGCCAGCAUCGAUAAGAAGUACGGAGGGAGUGGAGGGACUGGAGCUGUGACUGGAGUUGCUGUGGUGGCGGACGGAGGCUCAGAGAGCAGUAGCAGAGCAGAGGAACCAGAGGAGAAGCGGGCAGUCAGUACACCACCACCACCCUCCUCUAGCGCCGCCGGCUCGACCGCCACGGUGCCGGUGUUCUCCUUCAGUAAGGACAAGGACGGCAGCGCUACGGCCCCGGGGGACAGCUCAGCCGCUCCGAUCCCCGCUGGCAUCAGCUUUAGCUUGGGCCAGAAGGGGAACAGCUCAGUAUUGGGGUCUCUGAGCACCGGAGGAGCUCCUAGUGUCUCCUCCUCCUCCCUGUUUGGAGGCGCUGCUCCUCCUGCCUUCUCCUUCAGUGGGGCCAAAGCGGAGGCUGCCCCCACCCAGACCACAGAUGGAAACGGGGAGGAGUCGGAUGAACCUCCCAAAGUGGAAGUCCAGGAGAUUAAGGAGACUGACGCGUUCUACUCCAAAAAGUGUAAACUGUUCUAUAAGAAAGAGACUGAGUUCAAGGAGAAGGGAGUUGGAACGCUGCAUCUGAAAACCACCUCAGACGGAAAGACACAGCUGCUAGUCCGCGCUGACACCAACCUGGGUAACAUCCUGUUGAACAUCCUGGUCCAGCCCUCAUCAAUAACACCCCCCUCUCCUCCAGGUAACAUCCUGUUGAACAUCCUGGUCCAGCCCUCCAUACUCUGUUCCAGGAUGGGAAAGAACAACGUGAUGGUGAUGUGUGUUCCUAACCCUGUCGUGGACCACAACAACCCUACCAACCCUGUCGCCAUGCUCAUCAGGGUCAAAACAGCAGAGGACGCUGAUGAACUGCACAACAUACUGGAGGAGAAGAAAGCUUAGAGGACGAGCCCCCUGGAGGGUGGUACAGGCUGCCCCCACUCCACCCUUCUGCCUAUCAACUAACCCCAGGGCCAGUCCUGUACCCCUCCACCCCAGGGCCAGUCCUGUACCCCUCCACCCCAGGGCCAGUCCUGUACCCCUCCAUCCCAGGGCCAGUCCUGUACCCCUCCACCCCAGGGCCAGUCCUGUACCCCUCCACCCCAGGGCCAGUCCUGUACCCCUAGCACCUCCACCCCAGGGCCAGUCCUGUAUCCCUAGCCCCUCCACCCCAGGGCCAGUCCUGUACCCCUCCACCCCAGGGCCAGUCCUGUACCCCUCCACCCAGGGCCAGUCCUGU